CGUGACCAGCUGCCAGCCAGGAUCGAACUGCAGGCUGCUACAGAGCGCUCUCUGACGCGCUGCCUCGCGCUCUGCUCUGUUACAUGCAGCUAUUGUAUUCGCCACGGGAUUUUAGCUAUUCGCUUCGCUUUACCUCCCGUGUUUCCAGCGACGAAGGAAUGAAGAGUCUUUGCAAUUAAACGAUAUUGACAUGAAGAAGGACAUAGAGGUGCUGAUAGCAGAGGAACGUACUGAGAUCAUCUCUAAAUAUAAUAAGGGUAGAGACGCAGGAGUUCAGAUCGAUCCUUGGGAGGAUGCAGACUACAGCAUAUACAGAGUCACAGAUCGCUUUGGAUUUCUUCAUGAAGAAGAAUUACCCACACCCAGUGUGCUCGAAGAGAAGCAAAAACAGGUAGAGAUCGAGAGGGUGCAGAAAUGGCUGAAGAUGCUGAAAAACUGGAGCAAGUACAGGAACAGUGACCGGAUGAUUAAGAGGGUGUAUAAAGGCAUCCCACUACAGCUAAGAGGACAGGCCUGGGCCCUGCUACUGGAUGUUGAGAAAGUCAAGAGCGACAAUGCAGGAAAAUAUGAGAGAAUGAAGGAGCAAGCCCAGCUGUACUCUCCAGAAAUCAAACAGAUUGACCUUGAUAUCAACAGGACCUUUCGAAACCACAUCAUGUUCAUGGAUCGAUUUGGUGUAAAGCAGCAGUCUUUGUUCCAUGUGCUCUCUGCGUACUCUGUUUACAAUACAGAAGUGAGUUACUGCCAGGGCAUGAGUCAGAUUGCUGCCAUACUGUUGAUGUUCAUGAAUGAAGAAGAUGCAUUUUGGGCUUUGUCCCAGCUUAUAACCAAUCAGAAACAUGCCAUGCAUGGAUUCUUUGUUCCUGGAUUUCCCAAACUUCAGCGUUUCCAAAACCACCAUGACCAGAUUCUCUCCAAACUUUUACCCAAACUGAAGAAGCAUUUGGAUAAGGAGCAGAUGUCCAGUGGGAUUUACAGCACUAAAUGGUUCCUCCAGUGUUUUAUUGACAGGACCCCAUUCACUUUGACUUUACGUCUGUGGGACAUCUUCAUCCUCGAGGGUGAGAAAGUUCUGACAGCUAUGGCUUACACCAUCCUUCAGCUCCAUAAAAAACGAUUGCUUAAGAUGUCUCUGGAGGACCUUAGGGAGUUCCUGCAGGAGAAGAUAGGAGAGUCCAUCUACCUCAGUGACGACCUUGUCAUAGAGCAGCUUAAAGUUUCUAUGUCUGAACUUCGCAAAAUGAAGCUUGACCUCCCACCACCAGCUAAGCCUGAUGAGUUUCCACGAAAACCUCUGGGUCUGGAGCUGCCAGUUGUUUUAACUCCAGUCAAACGGCCCAAACCGAGCCCCUCAGAGGAUACACCCAGCAAAGCCCAGCUCAUCAAACGACCACCUGCCUCUCUACACAUCUCUCUACAGCAGGAGUCCAUCAUGUUAGAUGACAGCCCUUCACAGGAAAAGAAGCCUUACAACGAUGGAGGGACUGGCAGCAUGUCCCCCCUCCCCUCCCCGGACCCCGUCCUAGUGCACAGCCAGAUUCCCAUCACUCCUGACGGAAUGAUAGGAGCCCCCGAGGACGGCGGGGAAUGGCCUCCUCCGUACGAACCUCCCGUACCCCAGCUUAACGAGACCCAAAACCAACCGGAGCUGUCCGACCCCAAUCCACCUUCAAACGUGGAGGAUGAAAAGCCUUCGCAAACAUCGCAGAACUCGGUGCAGGACACUUUAGAGACAGCAGGGGGCAGUGUGGCAGGAGAUUCACCCCCAGACAGUUUCGAAUCCGUUUCCAUGCAGCCUUCUGGCAUUUUCAGUUCUGAAAAUUAUGAGGGACAGGUAGGGGACGAUGAAAGUCAGAAUAUGGACAAUUUGUCAGAGAGACUCUCACUUAAGACCUCCUCGACAACCUGUGAGCUGCCGCAGUUACCUGCCCAACGAAUCCCCGCAGUCCAUUCAGACCCUCUGUUCCAGCACCCGCUUCCUUCCAGCCAGCACCUGCCCAAAUCAGAGACAUUUUAAGCUGCCCACUGACUUUUAUUCAAGUGCUUUGCCAGUGUUCCUGUGGAGAGCAUCAUUGAUUUUUUUCAGUUUUUCGGCAUUCGUCUUUUCUGAAGCUCAAACUCGCUCUGGUUCAAACUCACUUUGUGACGCAUUUGCACAAACAUCGCAGCUGGCACAUAUGACGGAGAUAAAAGCUUCAUAACAAAAGUGAGCUGGCUCACUGCUUAAUACACUGCUCAGCAUAUAGCCAAUUGUUUAUGAACAACUGCCUUCCAGCUUAUCUCUCACGCUCUCUGGGUUUGUACAGAACUGCCACUCGAUUACACUACAGCACCGCCGAUGUCUUUGCAAUUUCUGGGUCCAAAUUCAAUGAAAUGGUGAAAGUUGUAAUGUAAAGAUCAGAACCGUGCUGUGUAGUAUGAAUGAUUUUCACUACAGUGAUUUUUAACAGACAAAAGCUAUCCCUAUAAAAACAAAAUAGAUUUAAAAUCCAUUUAUUUCAUACUAAGUAUAGUUCACAUAUUCACUGACAUAUAAUUUGAGACUUACUGAUAUUAUAAUUCAACUUUAUUUGGGGUGCAACGUCACUACUGAUGAGAACUGUGUGAUCUUUAAAUGGCAUUGGUCUUUGAAUGCAAGAUAUUUAAAGUAUACUUGCAAUAGUUCCACUUUAGCACAGUUGGUAACACUUUAGAACAGGUAAAUAGUUGUUAACUAUUAACUUUUCCCUCAUUAAAUUCUUAAUAAGGUAGUUGUUAAGUUUAGGUAUUGGGUAGGAGUAGAUAUGUAGAAUAACUUCACUUAGAAUAAGACAUUAGUAUGCGCUUAAUUAGCACUAAUAAAUGGCUAGUAUUCGUGUAAUCUGCAUGCUAUUAAGCAACUAAUAGGUGUAACCGUAAAUAAAGUGUUACCGCACAAUCAAAUAUACUUCAGUAUAUCUUCAGCAGUACUUCUCCACAUUUAAAUUAAAGCAUUAAGGACAAAAUUAGUUGUCGUUUUUUUAAGUAUACUAGUUUAAUAUACCAAAAGUACAACUGCAGGGUAUUUUUUUUUCUGAAGUUUAUAAAUAUUUGGAUGGAUUUGUAGUAUACUUAGAAUGAAAUAAAUGUUUCUGAAAUACAUUUUAUUAUAUUUAUUUUUCACUAGGGAUGGCUCUACGGAAUAUUGCAAUUACUUGUUAAUAUCGCAAAUCACUACGUUAAUUAUUACCGUAGCUUAUCCUUUCUGAUAAGAAAGUAGAGUUAUAUACUUACAGUAUGUGGUCAUUUGAACGGUUUGUGAUGUGAAUUGUUUGUUGAUACCAGCUUUAUGGUACGAUGCCAAUUUUGCAGAGUCCACAAGCCAAUAUUUAUUAUUCUGAUAGAAAACACCGCACUAUAGUUUAAUGGCAUGUGCAGCAGUCUGUCAAAGUAUGUUCAUCUCAAAAUGAUCUGGCACAGUUUCAUUGAGACAGCUGAAGUGUCUUUGUGCUUUAAUUUCCCAGCUGAUGGCAAUAUUAAACAUGGCCUUUAAUAAGAUUCAACAAUAUUUUUCUGCUUGUUUCUAAACACAGCUUUCUGGGCAUUUGUAUUUGUACCCGUUUUUUAUUUGCGUGAACAUUUUGUACAUUUAGCUUUUUAGAGUAUUGUAUUUUACUGCUUAUAGGAUUUGUAUCAUAAAUGACUUAAAUGUCAGGUUUUCUUUCUGAUGGUCUUAUCUAGCGUAGGCUUGCUUUUUAUAAACGGUCAACUGGUCUUAGAAGGUCGUGCCCGGGAAGAGCUUCAGGUUUACAUUUUACAGGUUUUAACGAUUCAGAUUCCGCUUUGAGGUUACACGUGAAUUGCAUUGUCAAACCAUGCUUCUCGUCAUUAUGUGUAAAACUAAAAAUUUGAAUCUAAAACAGGAUAUUUAAGCACUUUUUUCGUCUCUCAGAAUAACGGCGUAAGUCGAGCGUUGAAUUGCUAUCACGCCGUUGCAUUAAGAUAUACAGUAGAUGGUUUUAAAUACUAUUACAGUAUGGACUCUGUCAGAUGCCUCUGCAAUGUCGUGUUUAUCUGCUUGAAAUUCAAAAUAUGUUUUGCAGCGUUUGAGUUACGGACAGUGUACGUUCCCUUUUAAGGAGUUUUGAGAACUCCAACCAAAAGGCUUUGGUUUUAUUCCGUCUGUAUAUAGUGAAAUUAUGCUAUGCCUAUUUACUUUGUUAUUCCAUGUUUGAAUUAGAUUUGCAUAAAUAGAAGUUUUCUAAUCUUGA